AUGGCCGUAGACGAUAUCGAUUUAACAGCCGUACCCAACUUGGAUGCUGUGUUAGCUGAAAUCGCUGCGGCUUACGACACAACGCCUACGUCUAGCAAACGUGAUAUUGGCCGCAUGUUGCGCCGCCAAACACCCAGCCCGAACAAUAUUGUCGACGUGCAUACCCACAUUGUGCCUGAUUGGUAUCAGGCACUUGUCCCAAUCACAGGCCAGAACCCUACACCAAGCUGGGAUCUCGCUACCUAUCUAUCCUUCAUGGCGUCGGAGGGCAUAUCACACUCCGUCAUUGGGUUUUCUGCUCCUGGUCCGAAUGUGUAUCAAGGGAAUAAGAAGCAAACGCUCGCCCUUGCUCGCCUUAUGAAUGAACAAGUAGCUGCCUAUUGCCGCACAAACCCUAAGCAGCUGAGCUUCUACGCCGUCGUGCCACUCCCCUAUACCGCGGAAGCUAUCAACGAAGCCAAUUACGCUUUGGACACCCUCGGCGCUGUCGGCAUCUUCCUUACCUCGAACGUGGAAGGUUUAUAUCUCGGCAACGCACAGUUCAAGUCCUUCUUCGACGCCAUCAACAAACGUCAAGGACGUCAAAUUCUUUACAUACACCCAGGGACACCUUACCUCACAGUCGGGAACAAGUUGUACGAAGCUAACCCAACAACUUAUGCCACGGGAAACAUUGAGUUUUACUUUGAAACCGCACGCACCCUUAUGGACCUCACACUCACUCAAACUAUUCACAACUUUACCAACAUACACUACGUGAUCCCACAUGUCGGUGGAGCGUUUACUACCUCGAUUGAUCGCAUUCUCAAGUCGGUCCCACCCCUGUACGAUGCUUCUAUGCAAAUCUACUCCACACGCUUCUGGUGGGAUUCCGCUGGACCAACCUACUUCCACCAAGUUGCAGGACUUAUUGGUUAUACUAUUCCCAAAUCCCAGUUUUUGUUCGGAACUGAUUACCCCUAUGCACCUUCCUUCACCCAGCCGGGUUCGCUCGCUGCGGUUAAAGCGUCUACGUUGUUUACAGACGCAGAAAAGACAGCCAUAUUCUCAGGCAACGCGCAGAACUUGUUCGGCAACAAAAUUAAGUUCUACUAAAGCCGCAUCGUCUAUUUAAAGACUAUUUAUCGCUUGCAUGGGGGGGAUGGUCCUCUGGACAUUUCAGCGGAUUUCUUUUUGCCUCAUUCGGACCCUCACGUCAUAUAUCAUACGUACAUAGUUUUUGUUGUCGUUUUCUGCUGAAAUGAAUAUUUCUAUG